UUCAUUGGUAUCACAACGAAGGAGUGUUUCGUAGGUCGUGCUUUGUCCUCACUCACUCGACUUAUCAUUGGGCGCACGAAGCAUGAACGCUCGCCAUUCGUGGUAAUUCCUCGCGAAAAAAAUACCAGUGUAGCUUCAAAUAAUUGUCAAAUUCGUGAUAAAUAAUCGUGUACUGACAGACGGUGAAAUAACCGUGGGGCCAUGGAGCCAACGGGGAUUAUUUGACCCAAGAGAAUUGACUCCGAGCUCGGUGGAUCGUGCUUCUUUCGUCUGGUAUUAUUGAAUCGAUAUCCCGUGGUGAUUGAUAGGAGAGUGGAAGACAUGCUGAAGUCAAGAAGAAGAACCGAGAGUGGGAGGAAAGAAGUUACUUGAUGUUUAGCCAUUAUCAAACGCAAAUUAACCCGCAAUUAAUUGUAACGCCAUAAUCACACGGAUUUUCCACCAACUUAUAUAUCUCGAACGGAUAGUAGUCUGAUCCAUGCAGUAGCUGAAACCCAGGGACGAAAACUCGAAGGAGAACUGUUCAAGGGACGUUUUAAAGGAGCCGUGCGAUGAGGAGAGCUAGUGGAUAAAACACAAGUUUCUUUUUAUUUAAUCUGAAGAGGAGAGAACAGCCCAUGCAAGCUGAAAGAAUGAAGUGGCACGGCGUUGGGUGGAGGGGAAUUGAGUGCCAGAGAGUGAGGGAUUUAAAUGGCCAGUGGGGUAUCAAGUGGAACGCUGGUGACUGCAGGCCAACCACGUGAGGUGACUCGCGAGAGAUACUGUAUAAAUAAAAACACAUUGGCUGGAGCGACGAAUAAGAGGUGAAAGAGGGAAGCCCUGGCGAAUCGGGUACGAAAUAUUCGUGACGAAAUGCACUGCCUUGGAGCAAUAGCAGGUGCCCCGCCACCGAGCAUGUCGCCCCCAUCGCAGUCUGUAAAUCGUGGCUGUGUAUUGAGUGUGAUCCGAGCUCUAGGAGUCUUAGUCUGUGAGGGAAGAAUUCAGGGUCCUCCACGUGGCUACAGAGAGGGCCCUCACUGUGCAGCACCCCUCCAACCAGGUCCCAACCAGCACACAUGUGACAAGCAGCACUAUCUGUGCAAUAGAUAUCUCGUCCUGGUGAAGGAGAUUGCCGAGAGGGUGUCAAUGGGCUCGAGCUUGUGCAUCGAAGUUGUAAUGUGCAAUGACUGUCCGUGUGGAUUGUCAACGGCCACCAGCACUAAUCCAGUAUCACCAAUACCGUCCACUUUAAUUCAUCAAUGGCCAAACACUGAGAUGCUGCUGGAGUACUGGUGCAUUGGCGUUGUGGCGAGUAAAAAUUCCGAGAUGAUGAAUUCCCAAGGUUUGUAUCAGGCAGUUCGUUCACGUCUUCACUUCAGUCAGGUGGCAGCCUGGUGGUCCAGGAGCAAUGGUUCAAAGCCAACGUACGUGGCUACCAGAGUUGUUCCCUACAAUUCUGACAAUCUUCGUAAAUUUCGUGAGGUACCGGUGGAGCACACUUUUCCACUGGCAUCCAUUGGCGAUGGAAAUUCCGUGAAAGUUUCUGUUUGGGCCCUGCCACGAAUGGAGGACAUACCUGAGCUCAAGUGUCCUCUGCAUCCGUCAGUGGAGGGCAAGGAGGACGAGUGUGCGAGGGCACUGACACCAACCAAAACAACACUGCCACAUUCUGGGGAGCAGACACUUGUUCUACCAGCGCUGGUGGAUGAUAGGCUACAGACACCCUGCAAUAAACCUGGGAAACAUCAUUGUAGGUGUGAGGAGGAGGAGGGCAGCCCACCGUCGCCAUCCAUCAAGAAUGGGGAGAGAAAACGCAGGAGAUCACUGCCCUGUGGACCGCCGGAUACUCAGGCCAAUGGACAUCAGCUGGCUUCGGUCAGUGAAGUCGCCACUCCGGGGACUGGGGGUGAUGGACCGCGGGAGAGGAUUGAGGGGGGAUUUGAGAGGAGUACGUAUGUGGGGAAUGGGAGUUUGGAGAGGUACUUUUGGACGCAAGUCAGCUUGGAUGAGGCUGAGGGGAAUAAUGAGAAGAGAUAUAAACCGUCUUCUGAGGGCUGCGAGGGAGAGGCCAAGAGGGAGGGGAAGGCGGAGCUCGGAGCCAUCACCCACCUUCGAGUAAAGGACCCAAAGCCCCAGUCAUUCGUGCCUUUCGAGCCCAAAGAGCUCCACAAAACCCCACCCCAGCGUUCUUCAAUCAGCACCGAGCCAAAUCUCGUGAUAAACCCAUUCACCGAACGAAGUUCCUUCCACGAGCCCAAUCCGGGCCCUUCGACGUUACGAAAAGAGGUGGCAUCCCUCCCCUGCACAGUCCACAUCAACUACUCCCUGUCCUCCCGAAAGGCCCCAAGCGAGCGAAUCUACUACAGCCUGGACAAGCCCGAGAAGCCCCCAUCCGACCUGACCCACCUGAUGUCAAAGCUCUCUUUCCCAAAGGACGUGAACAAAGCCCCCAAGGAGGACGGUGGUAUCCUCGACUGGAUCAGCCGAGUCCCUGGAAGAGUCCUCAACACCUCCCCAACGCCUGACAAACCCCACGACCUGACCCCACAGCCACAAGAACGUAGUGAUCACGAAGUGAAAGCCUGCAACGCGGUAAAACUUAAAAACUGCAAUUUAGAGCUCAGCCAGCGUGAGUUUGACGAGGUACUUGCUGUACUGAGAUCGAGAACACCAUCAGGUAGACGUCGUACACCAGUGAAGACACUUCGUCGUCGUGAGAGAUUAGAGAGACCCCUUGACGAUGGUUAUUAUGAUAAGAGAGAUGGCUGUGUGUGUCCCAUCCACAGGGAGGUGGAGAGUACCUCGAAUGCUGUUGAAAAUUGCGGAUGUCGGUCUUGUGGGAAAUCAAUGGAGAACGGGGACAUGAUCAAAGUCGAGAGGACGAUUGAACCAUGUCUGCAGAGUGUCUCUAAUAAAGCUGACGUUUUAUUGGGGGCGAUACUGAGGACCAGUGGGGAUAGAAAGGGAUUGAUGGACAUUUCGAAUGGCACGAGGCCACGAACAGUCUUGAACAGCAAGGAGGUGAAGGGUGAUGGGGAGCACGUGAUAACGACUGAUGUCAGGUCGUCGAGAUCACGACAGCUGGAGGAGGACAAGUUCCCUAUGGCGUUGAACAAACGACUGCAGAGGAUUCAGCAGCUCUUCAGGAAGGUACAGGAGAAGAAGAACUCGAUCGAAAUGGCUAAUGGAUUUCAGGAGAUCAUGAGCCAGGCGAGAUUUGCACAGGUGGGGGGCGAGACCAAGGACAAUGCCAGGGGCAAGAGGACGAUUGAUUUGUCGGGGAAAAUGGAGUGUUACAAGCCACUGGUUGAUGACCCUGAUUGCUCAGGGGAUAGUUCAUAUUCGAAUAGUACAAAUUACAAGUUUAAAGACUUUAAUAAUCACCAUGAAGCCUCAGAGACAGCUGUGUCUUCCACGAUUGGUGAGGGGGAGGAGGACGACGAUGUGGAGGAGGAGAUCAGGAAGAUUCAGGAGGUGAGGGGCGAGGAGGAGACCAGUGACUGCAGGGUGCCCUCUGCCAUCGAGCAGGAGAGAUUCAGGAGGUCUUUGGAGAAUGCUGCGUCUAUGGUUUUUCACAGCAGGACUGGGCUACCUCUGACCUCGAGUCCUGCUCCGUUGAGGAGGGGAAGCUGCUGCUUUGAUUAUGACAGCAGUUUGAAUACUGUUUCAUCGAAGAGGAGUGCACUUUUUGAACUGAAUACACCACCCAGUCCUGGCGCUGUUUCGUUGGAGGAGACUGACAGGGAGAUUGAUCAGUCUGGGGAGGGCUUCGAGCAGCCCAAGAGGUCGUCGUCCACUAGGAAUAGACCGCAGAGCCAUGCACUGCUGGGGAGCUUUGAGGAGUCUGCACUCAAUGGAAGGUUGGAGCCUGUUUCCACUGUUCACGGGUUCACUGCUGAGAUCGGGGCCAGCGGGUCGUUCUGCCCCAAACAUCGAAAACUUCCUGUUACAGUGUUCUUUUAUACGCUUGGGGAUAAUGAUAAAGUGUCGAGUCCAUAUCUUGCUCAUAUUAACCUGGGGAAGAAGGGUUAUCAGGUACCGAGGAGUGGUACAAUCCAAGUGACAUUACUGAAUCCUUUGGGCACUGUUGUUAAGAUGUUUGUCGUACUCUACGAUCUGUCUGACAUGCCACCACGAUCUCACACUUUCUUACGACAGAGAACUUUGAGGGACAAGACACUACGCUACCUCAUUCAUCUCAGAUUCAUGUCUGGUAAAUCAGGCCGCAUCUACCUUCACACAGACAUAAGAAUGAUAAUCUGUCGUAAAUCAGACGUGGACACAGCAUCUGAUUUUGGCUCAGAGCCCCCGAAGGAGUUGAGAAGUUACAUUCACGGUCCUACGAAUCCAAAAUUUUCACCAAGGUGCUGAGCCUCGUGGUUAUUCCCGUGGGGUUGUUGCCAACCGUUUCGCCUAUCUAGUCCUCCCCUCAGCGUCGAAGUAUGAAAUGAGUUUUCGUCAACAAAAAACACAAUGAAAAAUGAGAAAAACCAAGCAGCUAUGAUUGAGUUGUCCCCGAUGAAUCGAUUGUAGUCAAUAAUUGCCAUUGUCAAUUGCAAGAGUUUGGAAGGGAGGGAAGAGCAUUGGGGAACUGGACUCUUGUUGGAAUCAGUUGUCAAGUCGUGGGAUUGAAUUGUCAGGCGAGAUGUUACUGCCAUGGGUAGUACUCAACGAGUGAAAAGAAGGCAAAUUAAACACGUGAUAUAGAGUAAUGGGAAUCCAAAGAAUGGCAUCCAAUGAUCAAAGGUGAUUUUAGUUCAGUUGUCGAGUGAUAAAAUGUCAUCACAUCAUCAACAAUUGCAUAAUAAUCUUGAGAGAUUAAUUAAUAAUUCCCAAUAGUUUCCCGUUGAAGACCGAAUUGGGGGCAAAAAACAUAAAAAUUCAUGACGUUUUGUCCCUCAACUCCUGAAUUUUCUCUAACGUAAAAUUAUUUUCAUUUACUCUGUUCAACAUAAAUGGAAAGGAGGCGAGAACAAACGAGUAGCAAAAGGCGUGAUAUUUUGGAAUACAACUAUUUUUGGAAAAAAAAAGUGGAAAGUUAAAGCCAAAAAAAUUGUGAUGCAUUCGUCGUGAUUUCCCAUGAGUGAAGACAGGUGGAACAGAGAAUUAUAUUAUUUACACGUUUAAUGGAGAAAAUGAAGAGAAGUGAAAAAUAAAAAGAACACAUUUUUUGUGUCAGUAGCACUGUGAUGAAUAUUAUAGAUUAAAUGAUACAUAUUAAGGAUGAAAAAUAUAUUUGCGCUGUAGAAAUUUCGUAAGGUUAAUCUUCUAUUGUGCUAAUUACUGUGUCGAUGCAGAGUUGGAUAACGUAAUCGAUGAGUUGGCGACUAUUGUCAGGGGUAAGAGAUUUAAUACCACUGAACAUGUCAUUUUGAUUGGAUUAUCGAUAAUGGAAAAUAUCGAGUGGAGUGGUGAAGGGUAAAAUGAUUAUUACAUCUUUCAUAUCUCGUUGGACGAAGGACGAGGGGACAAAAUAGAAACUUCAGAAUUUUUUUCCAAGUGUUUAAACUUUAUUCAAUUGUUGACGAAAUAGAAUUUUUUUUUCCUUGAAGAGUGCUCUUGUAGUGAGCCCAGUCUGAGCUCAAUUGAUCAAUUUAUUCCUGAGUUACGAAUAUAAAAAAAUGCCUGAAGUGUCCAUUUUGCCCAUGAAAUUAACAAGAAUGAUUUAUUUAUUACUUUUUACCACUUCACUUUAGUAUUGAUAAAUCUUCAAUUUCGUUAGAUUUCAAUGCAGAACAGAACAAAGGGAUUUAAAUAAUUGAUUGAUGAAUUAAUAGUUGAAUUGUUGCUCAUGUUUAUCUGAGAGUUUCAGUAUGCCUUAGAAUGUUAAAGUAAAAACUCAAUAUUUAAAGUACUAAUUGACUCUGGCUGCUGAAAUAAUUAUUUUCACCAACGAUUGAUAAUUUCAACUAUUGAUUUGUAAAUUUACGUGUAGUUUGGAUUACUUUUGAUGAAUUAGACUUCAAUGGCAGUGGAAUAAACAUCACCUGUGUAAUUGGUCGAGGUUUAAAGUAGAUGAGACCGUGAAAUUAAAUAAUGAUUAAUGUAAUUGAUGACAUUUUUUCGAUUCUCAGUAGUUGCGUCGUUGUAACGAUGAUGAAAAAUGUAAGUGGAAUGAAGUAGUGUGCAUAAUCACUGCCAUGCUGUAUAAUAUUUUAUAGCAUAGGUCACACGUUCCAAUUGAGGGGGAAAUGAAAGGUGUGGAAUGAAGUUCAGGGGUGAAUACACAAAUUUAAUGACACGUCUCGUUAACGAACGCCUGGUCGAGGUCUCUAAAUAGAAAUAGGGGAAUUCGAUGAAUACUUGUAACCAAAUGGAUACUGGAGAGGAUUUUUGUUGCCAAGUGGGAGAAGGUAAUCUGGUCUAGAAUUUCAUUCAGUUUUUUUUAGGAAUAUCCCUGGAGUUGUUGAGCUGAGGGAAGAAAGUCGAAUAGUUUUUGGAGACAAGAAAUUUUCCUAUAAAAAAUAUAUUUCAUAUUUUGCUCUCAACUAAUUCGUUUCAAUUUUUUUAUGGAUCUGGAAUCUUUAAAAAAUUAUCUCUUGAACUGUUGGGUUGAGGAAAGAAUAUUAAAUUGUUUUUUUGGAGACAAGGAAUUUUCCUGAAACAAAUAUAUUUCAUAUUUCUCUCUCAACCUACUAGUCUCAGAAAUAUUUACGAAAUAAUUUUCGAACUCUUUUCAAUUUUUUCAUGUAUUUGGAAAUUUCAUUUAGAAUAUCUUAUAAAUAUCUCUGGAACUUUUUGUUGUCGAGUGGAAGAAUGAUAUCAGUUCAUGAAGUUCAUUCAGAGUUUUAAAAAAUUAUCUCUUGAUCUGUUGGGUUGAGGAAAGAAUGUCAAAUAUUUUUUUGCAGACAAGAAAAUUUCCUACAAAAAAUAUGUUUCACAUUUUGUUCUCAUCCCACUAGUCCCAGGAAAUGAUUCAUUUUGAUUUUUUCAUGAACUCGGAAAUUUCACUCGGAAUAUUAUGUAAUUGUCUACGAAACCACUUGGUUGUUUCUAAUGUACAAAUUAGUUUAGAUGAAAUCCUUCAUCUUCACCACUUCGCUACACAUUUCAUUCACUCCAGAAAUCUCAAUUGUAAUUUCAAUCUCAGCGAUAGUUUGAAGGUCAUAAUCAAGACGAUGAAUUCACAAUCAAAAGGAGAUGUAAGAGAACGAAAUGUUGUAUCUCAAAUUGAAUAAUUAAUUAGGUAGUCUUUCGGAUCUCAAUAGAUAUUGUGAUAAAAAAAAAUCUUCGUGUCUGGCGUGAUGUAGAAGUAGUUGAUAAUAAUCGACUCCUUAUUUUUUAUUAAGAAAUACAUGAUAUAUAUUUUCGUGGAAGCAUAUAUGUGGUGCCAAAUUCGCCGCUUUUUAGUUUCUCUAAACUUUUAUUUUUUCGUUUGUUUGGAGGGAAAUCCAGAGGAAGUGGGGCAAAAUGGGGUCCUUUAAAUCUUACCAAAAUUACAAAAACAUAAAUGUUAAACCUAAAAACGAUUGAACACAAGAAAUUUUUAAUUUUUUUGCAUCUCAUUAAAUGUCAAAUUAUCUCGUUAGUGAGCGAUUUUAGGAGGAAAUGCUAAAAGAUUUUUUUUUCGGAACUGUAAUUGUUCAUAAAAAAGAUUUGUGACAUUUUCUCCUCAAGUCAACAGUCUUGAAAAUAAAGAAAGAAAUUCAGAACUUGAAAUUUCACAAUUCCAUUAGUUUUGUCCAAUCCACUUUGCCCCAAUUUUUCAGCUGCGUAUAUCCCUGCUUUUCAUAAAUUUGAUGAAUAAUUUGCUAAAAUUGUAGUUACCACAUGCAAAACGUGGUGAAUCAGCUUUAAACGCAAACGUAUAUCUCUCAUUAAUUACUCAAGUCGAAUUCGUUUUUAAAAUAAGUGAUAAUUUGAGGUAAUCGAGAUAAAGCAAAUGCGAGUUGCGUGUGGGUCGUAAUAAUAUAAAAUAAUGAAUUUUUCAUUCGUAUAAAUGAGAAAUACAACUGUGAAGGAAGAAAAAAAAAAGAACAAUUCGGAGGGAAAGGAAAAACGUCCAGAUUCAGACGCAACGAACUGUUUAUUGAUUGAAUAUAUUUUUGUUCUGCUUUGUUGUGAAUUUUUAUCAAUUGGCCGAAUUCGUUCGAUUUCCGUGUUCGAGACCAGGCAUCUUGUACAUAGAGCAGCAUUAUUUUAUAAAUAAAAUAUUGUUAUCACAAA